GAAAAAGUCAAAGUUCCAAGUCCAUGGACGUUAGUGUUAAAAAUUGAUAGACUCACAUUGCUUGUAAAGUUCAGUCAUCCACUUCAGAAGCAACUUUGUGCAAGUGAGCAGCAGCUGCAGCUACAGAUAAUAUAGUCAUGGACAAAGUGGAACUGAGUGGUCCUCCCUCUGGAUUAGAGUCCGAGUUUAAUACCUUACUCACGCCGGGUGCAAUUCAUUUUCUCAAAGAACUUACCAGCACUUUUAAUGAAGAUGUUGAUACGAUUUUAUGGCAUCGAACUGCCCGGAAAGUCCAGCUUGACCUCACUAACAGCUCCCCUGAUUUUGCAUUGGCCAACUCACAUGUUAGAAAUGAUCCUAGCUGGAGAGUAUCCCCUGUUCCAAGGAGGCUGCAGAACAGACAUGUGGAUAUUGGGGACAAUGCCCCAUGCAAAACUGAACGGUUCCACAGAGCAUUACUUUCAUCUGCACAAGGCAUUCAGGUGGACUUUGAUGAUGGCAAUUGUCCUACAUUCUUCAACCAAAUCAAAGGCAUCUUUAACAUCUACCAAGUUGUUCACAAUAAGGUUUCAGGUAUACCCCCGAUUUCUAAAGUCCCUGUUUUGAUGCUUAGACCAAGAGCAUGGAAUAUGGUAGAACACAACAUGAUGAUAAAUGGCAGAGAAGUACCAGGACCCCUCUUUGAUUAUGGUUUGCUGAUGUACCAUACUGGAAGAAAACUUUAUGAAAGUGAGAGUGGCCCAUUUUUCUACUUGUCUAAGGUGGAAAGCUCUCUAGAAGCCAAGCUUUGGAAUGAUAUAUUUGUUUGGACAGAGAAUAAAUUGAAUUUACCAGUUGGAAGUAUUAAAGCUACAGUUCUAAUAGAGAGUGUGCUGGCUUCGUUCGAAAUGGAAGAGAUCCUGUAUGAGCUUAAAGAGCAUUCUGCUGGCCUGAACUGUGGGAUCUGGGAUUACUCAGCCUCCUUUGUCAAUAAAUUUGGCCACAGACAGGAGUUUUUGCUGCCAGAUCGGAGUAAAUAUGUGAAUAUGGAGAAGCUUUUCCUUAAAAGUUACAUGGAUUUGUUGGUGCAGACUUGUCAUCGCAGAGGAGCUCUGGCUACAGGAGGAAUGGCUGCACUUUUACUACCAGAAAACCGAGCAAGCCAAGACUACCAGAAUGUCAUUGAAGCUGUCACACGGUUAAAGCUGUUUGAAAUCAGUGCUGGUGUAGAUGGAUUCAUGGUGUAUGAUAUUGACCUGGUAGCACCAAUGCAAAAGCUUUUCCAGGCACACACCAAAGGCCCCAACCAGUUACAUGUCAUUCCAGAUGUUACCGUGUCCCAGUCUGACUUGCUCUCAAUGCCUGUGGGAGGUGUCACACUUUACGGCCUGAAGUAUAAUAUUGCUGUUGGAAUUCAAUUCAUUGAUGCUUGGUUCAAAGGAGAAGGACAUUUCUUCUACUGUGGGAAAGUGGAGGAUUCGGCCACUGCAGAAAUUUCACGCUCUCAGGUCUGGCAAUGGAUCAGGCACCAAGUCCGUUUAGAGGAAGAUAAUCGCACUGUUACUCGAAGCCUGGUGCAGUCCCUUGUGAAGGAAGUAGAGUGUGAGCUUGCUGUCGAGCUGAGUUUCUCUGAGUUGGAGAAGCAGAGGCUUCAUGUGGCUGCUGAGAUAUUUCUUGAAAUUGUUCUAAAAAGGGAUUUUCCUGAAUUCAUCACUACAUAUCUAAACCUGGAUCACACAUUUCUUGGCAGUACCAUCUGAACAUAGAAAGCCACACUUAUACGUUUAUACGUACUGCCUUUAUUUGGUGUAUAGCUACCAUGGAAACCAGAAUACUAGAAACACUGUGCCUAAUAAACCAUUAUGUUUAUACAAUG